GCGGGGGUGAGCCUCAGCCGGUGUCUGUCUGCAGCAGCGGCCAUGCUGCCUGACUCGGUGCAUCCCGGUCCACCGGUGUAGCCUCCCUCCUGCAUCCCUGUAUCCCAGGUCAGCGGACGGACCCGGAACAGCUCGGUUAGAGUGGUUCAGCCCGCCGGGAGCCCCCGGAGCAGACCGUAACCAGAGCACCGAGGAGGGGAAAGAGGAGAAACGCUCCAUAGCAACAAACCGGUUCCACGGCAUUAUUGUGACGGAGGGAUGGUGAGGACACUAGAAGAGAAAUUGUGAAUGAGACAUAAAUCCCAAAUCAAGCAGGAUUAGAGGGACUUCGAGGCACUGGCCCAGAUCUAAACCUGGAGUCGAUUGAACGGGUUGUCUAAGGUCUGUUCAUUCAAAGUACUGAGUUCAAAGCCAGAUCACUGACGUUACAGCUGCGUUCCUGACACUGCAGGUAGGUGACUGUGAGGACAGACAGAUAAUCAAGUGGAGGUUUAGCCUUGGUGGGAAAAAUCUGUAAUUCAAGGAUCAGACUUGCCUUCACAUUCACAUUGAAUUUGCUAAAAAUAAGGUGAAACAAAAACCUUACAGUUACAACCCCAAACUUAUUGACCAGUGGACAUCACGGAUUAGAGCAUGAACAUAAUACAUGAUUUUUAAGGAUUUUUAAAUUGGAUAAAGGAUAUUUUUGAGUUCUGACUUAAGCUGGAUUUACAUCAAAGUGACCUGAUGUAGUUUUGGGGAUUUCACCUGGAUUAUGAAGAUUUCAGUUGAUUUAAAUGAACCAUGACUGGUCUGAUUGCCACAGUGCCGGUUCUUCGUUCAGGCCAACUGAACUACAAAUCAUCUUAGAAGUCUUAGGACUACAGCUGGUCUAUGAGAAUCUAUCUACUGGAAGAAAGUCUCCAAGUUAUAACACAUUUUUUAGGGAUUACUUAUCACAUUAUCUAAACGUGAGCAAGAUCUGGACUACAUAGCUUGGAUAAACUUUUUCCUGCUGUUUGAAGGAUGAUUCUUUUCUAGCACGGAUUUCGUUGAAUGUUACUGGACUGUUAUCCGCCAUGUCUCUGAGUAAGACCCUCGAGUUGGAGCAUUUUGACGAACGUGACAAGGUUCGGCGAGGACGCUCCACCCGGGCCAAGAGAGAUGAUUCCACCAGCAGUGCUGGUGGUGGAGGGUCUGGCCCGAGCUCCAGGGGCAGCAGCCUGGUCCCUAGUCCUGCUCACAGCGCCAACUGCAGCUACUACCGGACCCGCACCCUGCAGGCGCUCACCUCGGAGAAACGAGCCAAAAAGGUCCGGUUUUAUCGCAACGGAGACCGGUACUUUAAGGGCCUGGUGUACGCUGUUUCUAGUGACCGGUUCAGAUCGUACGACGCUCUGCUAAUGGAGCUCACACGCUCGUUGGCGGAUAACCUGCAUCUGCCUCAAGGAGUGCGGGUGAUCUACACUAUAGAUGGCAGCAAGAAGAUCACCAGUAUGGAUGAGCUGGUGGAAGGUGAGUGCUACGUUUGUGCCUCCAACGAGCCUUACCGGAAGGUCGACUACACCAAGAUCUCCGUCCAGAGCUGGAAGCCCGGUGCCAGCGCUGGGGCUGGAACAGCAAGGUCAAGUGGAGCCUCCACGGCAUCCACAGGAGUGUCGACGACCGUCCCCAAAGAUCGCCCCGAAAGUCGAGAGGGCAGAGAGAGCAAAGACUUCAUCAAACCCAAGUUGGUGACGGUGAUCCGCAGCGGCGUGAAGCCUCGAAAGGCAGUGAGGAUUCUCCUGAACAAGAAGACGGCGCACUCCUUCGAACAGGUGCUGGCGGACAUCACCGAGGCCAUCAAGCUGGACUCUGGAGCAGUAAAGAAGCUCUACACGCUGGACGGGAAACAGCUGACUUGUUUGCAGGAUUUUUUCGGGGAUGACGAUGUGUUUAUGGCCUGCGGUCCAGAGAAGUUUCGCUACGCUCAGGACGACUUUGUGCUCACACACAGCGGCAAAACACCGGCCUUUGUGAAUGAGUGCAGGACCAAGGUCUCUCGCUCAUCUGCCCCUCAGAAAACAACCAAGACCCCCAGCAGCUCCGGCUUCUCCUCCUCUAGGACUCUACCCAAAGGUCUGCCCAGGACAAAGUCACCUGGUCCAGCUAAUGAGACCUCUGGAAAAUCAUCCAGGUCCAGCCCAUCCCCCACCAGCCCCGGGACUCGACGCAGCCUCAAGAUCUCACCUCGUCGUGCUUCCUCCACUGAUGUAAACGGAGAGGCUGAACAGCCAGAUGACGCUGCAGAAGGUGAAGGUGAAGGCUCAGUGUGGCCCUCUGAGUGCAGUAGCUCAACACUGGGAUUCAGGAGGUCAACAGGACAGGAGUAUGCUCUGAAGAUCAUAGACAAAGCUCGUUGCUGUGGGAAGGAGCACCUGAUAGAAAAUGAAGUGGCGGUCCUGAGGAGGGUUCGACAUCCGAGCAUCAUCCAGUUAAUCGAGGUGGACGAAACGCCCACUCAGCUGUUCCUGGUCAUGGAGCUCGUCAAGGGCGGAGAUCUGUUCGACGCCAUCACUUCCUCUACAAAGUACAGCGAGCGAGACGCCAGCGCCAUGGUGUUCAACCUGGCCGGAGCCAUCAAGUACCUGCACCGAAUGAACAUCGUACACCGAGACAUCAAACCAGAGAACCUGCUGGUUUGUGAAUAUCCAGAUGGCACUAAGUCAUUGAAGCUGGGGGAUUUUGGUUUGGCGACAGUGGUGGAAGGACCACUGUACACUGUUUGUGGCACGCCGACAUACGUCGCCCCGGAGAUCAUCGCUGAGACCGGUUAUGGUCUAAAGGUGGACAUCUGGGCGGCGGGCGUGAUCACCUACAUCCUGCUGUGUGGAUUUCCUCCUUUCAGAAGUGAGAAUAAUAUUCAGGAGGAGCUGUUUGAUCAGAUCCUCAGAGGGAAGCUGGAGUUUCCGUCUCCAGACUGGGACACCAUCAGUCUUCCAGCAAAGAUGCUGAUAAGUCAGAUGCUGCAAGUGAAUGUGGAUGCCCGUUUCACUGCCGAGGAGGUCCUGUCGCACCCCUGGGUGACGGAUGAGGCUCCUAUAGAAUCCAACACUGUGAGCAGCGCUGAAGAGCAGAACAGUGGAGACACAUUGGAAACAGAGGAACCAGAGGAACCAGAAGAAUCCCCAAUACUUGAAACCAAGCAAGUUCCCUCACCUCUGGUCUAAAACACAUCCCCCUUAUUGAAUGCAAGAACAGAACAGUCUUUGUUUGGUCCACUGGAAACCCAGAAAGUUUCUUUAUAUCUGAACGUCUCAUUAAUUCCCAGACCAGAUCGGUUCCCUUUAAUCUGGUCUAGAACCUGUUACAUGACAUCAUGUCACCUUAGUUAAAUGAGUUUUAACUUCUAGAAGCCAACAACUCUGCUUUGAAUUCUAGCUUUCUCUCGUUUCCAUUUAAAACCAAACCAAUCACUUCCUCUUGGCUUUUAUUUAAUUUCAUCUUCAGGAAACUGAACAGAACAUAUCGGACUUGAAGAAGUUUCUACACCUCUUUCUCUUGGACAUGUUCAUUCUUCUAAAGACCGAAAAGAGGUCCCACCAUUUAAAACCAAUCUAGUUCAAUCUACUUGACAUGAAACCAGUCCCAUCAUGCUUUGUGAAACAAAAUGAUUUGGUUCAAUUUUCUUCCACAAAUAUUCCCAUUUUGGUUGUGAGGUAUAAAACAAUUUCCCUCUCUUGUGAUGUGGAAUUAAUCCAAUUUCUCCCUUUGCAAGUCAGCAAGUCCUGUCAGUCACCCGUCAUCUGCUUGAAUCGAGCACGAUACUAUACAUUCUUUAAUCAGAAAUGUGAUUGAAUCUUUACUUUGCUUUACUUUACAAACUUUACUUUGCUAAUUAGAAAGCAAACAUUAGUCUGGAAACCCUACAAGUUCCUUAAAUAUGGUCUCACUGGCUCCCCUGGCCAAGAACCGAAAAAAGUAAAUUGAAUGUGAUUUAAAGUAUGUUCAGUUUAAUCUUCGUCAUCAAAAUGCAUUCUUUCUAAUCUACCCCAAACAUAUCACCAACAAACAGGUUCUCUCAGGUCUAGAACAUAUCCGCUAUCGGGCCAUGAAGACAUUCUUUAUUCACCAAGUGGAAUCCAAAAAGUCCAGUCAGGAAUGCAGAUUGUUUUCUAUAACUUGACUGAAGAAAGGAAAGGAGGAGGAGGAGGACAGGAAAACAAGCAAAUGUGGCCCAUCCUAUACCAUCUGGAAAACCAAAUAUGUAAGUUAGUGGAAAUAAUAAGUUUCCUUAGAUCAAGUGAAAACCCAACACUUCCCUUCUUACAUGAUUUAGAAUACAACCUGUGUCAUGUCAAACCAACCAAGUAAGUGUCCCCAAACUUAGUUUAGUGUCUAGAACAGUUGUUCACUAUUUUGAUUUGCUGGAAGCAGUCGUGUUCCCUUACUUUUACUCUGGAGUCAUUUUGCUUCCCUUGGUUGGAUGGAUGUACUGUUUGGGGGUUUUUUUUGUAUGUUUUUUCUUCUUUAUUUCUACUGGAAGCUGCACAAGUCUGCAACAAUGGGAGUUUGUUGCACAAACCAGUUUCUCUACUAUUUGUCUAUCCUGUGAACACCAUCCCACCUUUGGUCUGUGCCAUUAAAACUACUGAAGACUUUUACAAGACACGUCUCUGCUGCUGAUGAGCUCUAUUAGAAUGCUAUUAAAUGCCCAUUUUGUUGUGAGACACAAUGCCCGGCUACUUGAAGGACGCACACUAUAUCGAUGUCGGGACACCAUGAAGGUGCUAUUCAACUCAUCUUGUUUUAUGAUCCAGAGUCUGAUUGGACUGUAUUACCAUUUCUUGUAAAUGGCUCUUACCUCUUAUCUGAAUGACACUGGAAAAACUGAUUGGACGGCUGUAAAAAGGCGUCAACCACUUUCAUUAAGAUAUGAACACCUGACUCAUUUUCAAAUGCUCCCUCUGGUUUAGAGAUUAUCGUUUCUGUAGUCCCUGCUGCUAGGCAACCAGGAUGUCUUCCAUUUAUUCCGGGAAACGUCGCAUUUCUUCUGCCUUUGCCCUCCAGCCCUCCUUCUGCUGGUCCGAAGGACGUCUCUCAUUUCUUCUACUUGCACCUGCAAACUGGGGAGGUGAUUGAGUACUGUGCCUGUUUACACUGCUGGUUAAUUGCUUUCUCUUACAAGUUAAAGUCCCUAGAAGUUUGAUAUUUAUGAUAGCCACACAUGAAGGCUCGUUGUGUUUGCUUUGGUUUUGAAGCACUCAGAAUUUGUCUGGAUUUUGGGAAAUUGACUUUUCCUACUGCGAGAUACUGGCAAAUCUAAACAUAGGAUACUUCCUCAACUGGAAAAAGACUGGGGGAAAAAAAGAAAAAAUUCUCUGUCCAAAGUUCACAUUUUGCGAGUGUAUUCUGUAUGGAAUCUUACGUUAAUGCAUGUACACCAAGUUUGUGUGUAGAUUAAACAAAUGAAAAUUUACACACAAACAUUGAGGUUUAUAGUAUAACCAGAAAAGCCUGAACAAGUAUGGUUUGCGUGCAUUGAGUUGACCAUGAACUCCUCUGUAAUCAAAGUAUUCUAGAGUAAAAUUUGAGGCCAUCUUUUUUACAACAAACGCUUGGCUGAAAUUGGGUCAUGUAACAGGAAAAUCAAAAGAAUCAAGGGCUUGCAAUGACUCCUGACCUCUACCUGAUUGAGGUCCUCUAACAGGACAUUAACAGAGCUGUGCACAAACAUAAACCUCGAUGAUCUAAGACAGGGAUGUCCAACUCCAGGCCUCAAGGGCCGGUGUCCUGCAGGUUUUAGAUGUGUCA